GAGGAGACUCGGAGACGGUCGGUCGAGGUGGUGAACUUUCACUUUCAGCUUCUUCCAAUUUGCGCUUCAAGAAAGCUCGUCAACUCGGACAUGGCAGCGUUGUGAAGCGUUCAGGAUCCGUCUGACGCUGUCUGGCAUGUUCCUGUGGCUUCGCAGCGGAAACAGCGCCUCGUUUCUGGCCGUUUAGUUGGCGAAGAUGUGGCCUUCCAUGUGGCCCGGCUGGCUGUGCGUCCUCUCGGCUGCUUUGUCCGCAGGCUCCGUCCUUGCAGAGACUACAGUCUACGGUAAGGUGGGCGGCGAAGUGGACCUCAGACCAGAUGCCCGUUCUGUGACUAACACCAUCAAGAGUGUGCUUUGGAAAGCUGGUCCUGACAUUGCCAUGGAGUGGGAGGGAAUGGAAAUAGUUAGCCAUCGUCACUUUAAAGGGCGAUGCUACCUGAACACGUCCACUGGAGUGAUGACAAUCACACAACUGACUCCAAAUGACAGCGGAGUGUACACACCAGAGAUCAACGACGUCUUGAGCACUCCGAUUAACCUCAUCAUCAUCUCUGCUGUGCCUGUACCCACUGUAUUAACAUCCUGUGAUGAGGAGAUGACCAGAUGUACCUUGACCUGUGAUGGACAAACCACAGAGGCUGAGGAAGUCACCUACAGAUGGAAGUCCGAUGAUACCAUUGUGAUGGACGCCAUUAAGAAAGAAUAUGUCAUUGUCAAGGAGAACAGUUCAGGCAUCAAAAAGUUCAGCUGUGACCUGGAGAAUGUAGUCAGUAGUGAGAGCAGCCAACCCAUCUCCAACCCUUUCAACACUGCACCUGAAGAGCCACUGAAAGUUUCCACUGGACUCACAGUGUUCAUCUCCCUUCUGGCUGCUGUGCUGCUGCUGGGUAUCUUCCACAGAUUGAAAGCAGGGAUGUGGUUCUAUGAAAAAGCAUCCAUGCCAUGGGAAGCAGAUUUCUGGAGGAAGCAAGAAAGGCCAGCAAGAGACGCUGCUGUGUCUAACGGCACCACUGCUCAUGGAGAGAAGGAACAGAGUGAUGAAGAAACAGCAAUGACAUAGACGGCCAGCUGACACCCAGUGACGACCUAUCGGAUGUAUAAAAGACCAUGUGUAAGAACCGCAGUGAAAAGGGCAUGUUUAAGGAAUGCAAAAGUGCACAUAUAUGGUAGUUUCAAGUAGGUAUUCAAACAGUGCAAAAGCAAUGACUAGAUAAGGGUGCAGGAUCAGUCCAACAAAGUGAGGACUAUUAAAUAUUAAACAUAGCAACUAAGAUUGGAAUUAUGUGUCCUUAGAUAGAAAAAAUAGGAUUUUUAUGUUUGAUGAUGGCUUAAAAAGCCACAAAAUGUGACUAAAAGUCAGAAUGAAGACGUCUUUGUUCUUAUUUGUUAUUUUGAACAAACUAAACUGGAUGUUUCAAAUGAGAAACAUUUCUUUAUCAUGCUAUAACCAGCAAUAUUGACUCUCAGUCACAUUCUUAUACGUUUAAAAGACACUACAGAGGGAAAUAAUGAAGACAAACAGAAGCUCUGCCUCAGCAGAGAUGCAUCAGAUCUUCCAGAGGUUUGUUUCCAGAUUUUCCAAGGAGGCACUAAGAGUUUAAAACAAUACCAGGAAGCCCAGCGGAGAGCGUUUUCCUGCAACGGACCUGCAUACCUGGCACUGACUGGUGCCUCGAGCUCAUUAAGCAGCGGUGGACGAUGAUUUGUGGUUUAGUGUUAGAGAAGGAGGAGCUGCGCUGACAGCAACAGGAAAAGGGAGGCUAUUGUCUGGUUUGGACAACAGUCGGAGCUUUGUGUUGUAAUUCACGGCUGACUUGACAGCAGCAGCUUUGACGUGUGUUUGUGUGGGUUUGGGACGAAUAAGCAAAAUACUGAGAAAGCUCAGUUAUUAUCCUUGUUUUUUUUUUCUUCGUUGAAUGUCUGUUACAAUUUGUACAAAUCUCUUUUUUUAAUUUUAUUUAGCUCUUCUUUCCUCAAUGUUUAGCUUUUAUGUUUGUCUUUGUAUAAAUGCAGCAGAUGUAAGGGUUUCUUUUUGCACUUUCUUUCCUCAUAUUUAAAUUAAGCAUUAAAAAUAUUAUCCUCCUUUUAAAAAUGGAAAUAGCUCAGAUUAUGCCAUUGUUUUACCACUCCAUGCAUUUUUAAAAUGUAAAAAGCUCCACGCACACAAAAAGGUCCUUAUUUCUUUGGACAAGAGGCACUGAGAUAUUUGCAUCCUGUUAGCGUAGUAUUUAUUGGGGUUUGUUGUUUUACGAUAUAAAGAAUUUCAAUAUAUUCAGUGUUUUUAUAUGAGGUCUGUUUAUUAAAACCAACAAAAAGAUGAACUUUGAAAUAAAACCUUUUGUGUAAAUCUA